GAAACUUUAUUCAGAAACAGAGUGCACAUUUUCACCAACCCUAACCAAAAGGUCUAAAACUACACGUCUCGUGAUCAAGAAACAGAAACACAGAGAGAGAUAUGGAUUGUUCAUUCAUAAGCAUAAACGAUCUCCGAAGAAUGUUCCAAAUGUUCGACAAGAACCAAGACGGCCUCGUGUCCCUCGAAGAGCUUCAUUGGAUACUAGAGAGACUUGGUUGGUCCGAACACACUCCCGAAGAACUCGAACCGAUCGUUGGAAAACAGAGCCUAAACUUAGACGAGUUCCUUCGGUUCUACAACGACGCCGUUUCGACUAAGAAGGAAACAAAUAGCGAUAGUGUUGUUGAUAAUGAUGAUGCGAUUGUGGGGGCGUUUAAUGUGUUUGACGUGAACGGAGAUGGGUAUAUUUCGUCGGAGGAGCUUAGAACGGUGUUGGAACGGCUCGGAUUCGAGGAGGAGACAAAGAGUUGGGAUUGUGGGAGGAUGAUUCGAGCUCAUGAUAAGAAUCUUGAUGGUGUUAUUGAUUUUGAAGAGUUCAAGAACAUGAUGUUACAUGUCCAAUGAUGCUUGCAUAUGUGUAUAUAUAUAUAGUCCUUGUGACAUGUUUGAUGUGUUAUGUGUGUAAAUUCUGUAAAGUAAGUAUGUAUAUGCUUAUAUGUCAUGUGCUAAUGUAAGAAAAUAUACAUGUCUCUGUUUCGUUAUAUCCCUAAUCAUAUGUAAAGUAUAGCCUGGCAUGAUACCGUAAAAUUGUAUGCGAGACAUGAGUAGAGAUGUCACAAUGCUCUUUGUGAAGUUUGUUUUUCACAACUAUGCCUCCCUUCUAUGAAUAGAGUUCAUUCAGAUAAAAUCACAGUUAUA